UACUAGAUUGAACUAUAGUUAAGUUAAGCUUAUACGAUAUCACACAUCACAACCAUGUCAAGUGAAAUUGUACCAACUAGUGCUAGUCAAAACUUAUUGAAUGAAAAGUGGGAUGUUGUUUUAUCCAACGGCUUGAUUAAAACCGGUUUAGGAUUUGGUGGAGGAGUUUUAGCUUCUAUUUUAUUUUUUAAAAGAAGAGCAUUCCCAGUUUGGUUAGGUAUUGGUUUCGGUUUAGGUAGAGGUUAUUCUGAAGGUGAUGCUAUUUUUAGAUCAAAUUAUGGUUUAAGAACUGUUAAAGCUUGAGAUCAGGAUCUUGCUUUAUUAUUAUUUCUUUAAAAAAAUCAUUUUAAUCCAUUUCCGGACCCUUUAUAAUGAGUAUUAAUGCAUUCUAUGAAAAAUCAUCAAAAAAAUUAUUCUUGUUCUUAUCCUGAAUCAGUUUACUAAUGAUUGUGAAACAUUGUAUGUAACACAAUGGAAAAGUUCAAUUAUUCAUAUCCAACUUUCAAACUAUUCCCAGUCGUAACAAAUUAGAAUAUAUAUAGACUAUAAAAUCUGUACUACCAGCAUUUGUUUAUCCUGCGUUUAUUUGACUUUGUUGGAACCAUUCAGCAUAAAAUCCUAUGUAUUAGAAGUUAUACUUCUCUUGUACAAUAAUCAUCCUCUUUUAUAUUAUAACUAUUACUAUCACUAUUAUUAUUAUUAUUAUCAUUAGUUUAUAUACAUUUUUGUAUCAAACCC